AUGCAUCUCAGCAGCUCCAAGAGUGGAGUAGUGCUGGCUCCAGUGUCCGGAGGUCCUGAUGCCUGUCAGAUGAUAACCAGAGGCCAGUUUGGCCAGGAUCUGCCACAAAGAACAGUACUAGGAGUGCUCACUGAGAAUGGGCAGUACAGGAGGACCUGUGGCCAGGGGCUCACCACACUCAGGUGUUUCUCUGGCUCAGAAAAUGUCUUCUCUUCAGCUGGAAAGAAAGCGUUGUCUGACAGCAGGGUCCAGGCACCUGCCAAGCAAGGAUUUGACAUCUACAUGGAUGAGCCUGAGCAGGGGACCAGAGAUAGCUGCCCAGGGCGAAAGGGGAUGGCAUUAGAGGAUGCGUAUGACGUAGACACCAGUGCACUCAAGUCAGACCUUCACUUCCUGUUGGAUUUUAACACAGUUUCCCCUAUGCUGGUAGAUUCAUCUCUCCACUCCCAGUCUGAAGAUGCAUCAGAUUUUGGUACAGAUGUGAUAAAUGUGACUGAAUAUGCUGAGGAAAUUCAUCAGUACCUUAGAGAAGCUGAAAUAAGACACAGGCCCAAGGCACACUACAUGAGGAAACAGCCAGACAUCACAGAAAGCAUGCGGACCAUUCUGGUGGACUGGCUGGUUGAGGUCGGAGAAGAAUACAAGCUCCGGGCAGAGACCCUCUACCUGGCUGUCAACUUCCUGGACAGGUUUCUUUCCUGCAUGUCUGUUCUUAGAGGGAAACUGCAGCUUGUAGGAACAGCAGCUAUUCUCCUGGCUUCGAAAUAUGAAGAAAUAUAUCCGCCCGAGGUAGACGAGUUUGUCUACAUAACUGAUGACACCUACACAAAACGGCAACUGCUGAAAAUGGAACACCUGCUCCUGAAGGUCCUGACGUUUGAUCUGACAGUGCCAACCACCAACCAGUUCCUCCUCCAGUACUUGAGGAGGCAAGGAGUGUGCAUCAGGACUGAGAACCUGGCCAAGUACGUAGCAGAACUGAGUCUCCUUGAAGCUGACCCGUUCUUGAAAUACCUUCCUUCACUGAUAGCUGCAGCUGCUUAUUGCCUGGCAAACUAUACUGUGAACAGGCACUUCUGGCCAGAAACCCUUGCCACGUUUACAGGCUAUUCAUUAAGUGAAAUCGUGCCUUGCCUGAGUGAGCUACAUAAAACGUGCCUCAGUAUACCCCAUCGACCUCAGCAAGCAAUCAGGGAGAAGUACAAGGCUUCAAAGUACAUGCACGUGUCUCUCAUGGAGCCACCCACUGUCCUUCCUCUGCAAUGA